GAAACUAGAAGAAGAAGAGAGGAAGCAGUACGGCGAAAAUGUCGAAAACUUCACCGGCUUCCAUCCUAUCGCUGCCGAUCCUCUUCCUUCUCCUGACAGUCACUUGUAAAGCAGCCACCGGUGCUCCAACUUCCUGCACAGCUCCGCCUUGCCAAGGAAAGCAGAGCUGGCUGGAGCUCGUCGGGAAGGACCAGGACACGGCGUACCUGGUCAUACGGCGCGACAACCCGCAAGUGAAGGACGUCGUCUACUUGAUCUCGGAUGCGGUCGGGCAUGCUCUCGACAGCAAGAAGGAUGUGCUCGGGGCGGCCGCCGACGGUGACUUCUGCUGCAACCGCGUGGUUGUGGUGCUUGGCGCUCUGUCCUCCGGCGAUGAAGGGGUCAUCAAGGUGCCGAAAGUCGGCUAGAAUUAGUGUGUUGUAAUUGGCAAUGUAAAUGAUGACUCAAUAAAUUU